AUGGAAAACCAACCAAACAACAACAACAACAACAACGAUAAUAAUAAUAAUAAUAUUGUUGAUUCUCCAACAACAACAAACGAUAAUAAUAUUGUCGUUUCAUUUUCUCCUGCCAUGGUUGAAAUGGAUAAUCUUAAAGAUUCCACAUCACCAGUAGUGAUCAUUGACCAAGCUGAAGCAGAGAUGAAAAGAAAUAGUGGUCAACUCUCCAAGUCUAGUCAAUCGUUGAAAGAUCCAGCUGCCAAUACCCCACACUAUUCUAGACUCAAUCCAAAGUUUUACUUUGUCGAACAUCUCAAUGAAACUCGUCUCAUUAUUGGUUCCAUGUUUUUCAAAUUUGCAUUUGAAACUCUCUCUAGUGCUCUUGGUCUUGUAGUCCUCGACCGUUUCGAUGAUUAUGGUGUCACUUUAUUAGCUGUUAUGAAUAUUGUUUAUUUUAUUUCUCAAUCAUUUGGUAGUAUUAUGGUAGGACCAUUUGUUAGAAAAUUUAGACCAAGUAGAGUAACAUCAUGUGUAUUUUUAUUGAUGUGUCUUACUAUAUCAUUCCUUUUAUUAUUGGAAGCUGGAUACAAGGGAACGAUAAAGUCGCUUGGCAACUGGAACAAAUGGAUUAUUAUCAUUGUCUAUUUGUUGAUGGGUGCCUCUUUGGGUAUGGUCGAAGUGUCGAGAAAGUUGAUCCCACGUCAAGUGUUGGGCGACAGUUCCGACCGACUCAACAAACUCAAUGGUCUUGUCCAUUUGUUCUACGAGAUUAGUGGUACAUGCGGCGCAUUCCUCUCGACCGCUCUCAUCAAGAGUUUGGGUCCCGUCUAUGCCUUGGUCCUCCAACCACCCUUUUUCUUGGUCGCUUCUAUUUGUUUCUUUGUCAUUGCACAACCAUUCCCACCACAAAAGGUGCUUGUCAAGGCUGAUGAAGAUGGGUCCAAUGCAAAGGAGAACAAGAUUGUGUACGGAUUAAAGAUUGCCGGAAGAGAAGUAUUCAAUUAUCUCAAGACGGUGGCUGUUGGCGCACGUCUUAUUUUGUCGGCCAAGUAUUGGUGGAUUCUGUUUACCUAUGUCGUACCACAAGUACUCCAUCGUUUGUUGGAGAACUUGUUGUUCCCAGUAUUUGCCAAAAAGAUUUUGCACGAUGGUUCCCUGUCUGGUAUAUUAACCGGUGGUUCUAAUUUUGGUGAAGCUAUUGGAUCCCUUCUCGUCGUCAAAUUUGGUAAACGUGUACGUAACCCAAUGUGGUGGGUACGUGCCGAUACGUUGUGCUGCUCGAUUGUCUGGAUCCUCGUGUAUCCACCCAAAGGUGAAGCCAUCAAGGUUGCAUGCAGUCUCAUCCCUCUCAUGGCCGUUGUAUCGUGCAGUUGGGCUGCUGGUGACAUCUCCCUACUCUCCUUUAUCCAGUCUUCAUUCCCAUUGAACGUGUCGACCAUGGACCGCACCGACCGUAAUCCAACCGACGACCCUGAGGAAAUCCGCGAACCAUCCGAGGUGAGCGACACCGAGUCUAUCGAAGAGGCAUUGGCCGAUCUCUCCGACUCUUCCUCCACUAAACAACAACAAUCGACACAAGUUGUAAACAAAAAUGACGCCGAACCAGAUGAGGAUGAUCCCGCCGAGGGCAGUCCAUUGGCAUCGGUGAUGGGAUUCCUCUUUAGUAGUUAUGCCAUCAUCAUCUCUCUCUUAUCAUUUGGUCUUGGUCGUGUCAUGGACAGUACCGCUGCCAAUGGAGACAUUCAACAAGGUUUCUUUUGGGUUGCCGGUGUUGGUUUCUCUGGUUGUGCUUUUAUUGGUUUAAUUGCUUCCUUUUUUGCACAUUCUCCAAAGUUUAAGAAAUCAUCAACCAAUUCACCCAAUGAGUCGGACUGGUCAAUUCCAAGCUGUUCACAAGACCCUUACAAUCCUGUAACUCCUCAAAGAGGCACAAUCAACUCGAUCAUUUCAUGUCCAUCCAAGAUAUCUCAAAUGUUUGUUUAUUAUUUGAAUGAUCGUGAAACAACACUACUCUGCUAUCUAUUGGUCAAGACAUCUUUCACUGAUCUUGCAUAUGCCAAUCAUUUUAGAUGUGGCAAUUAUCAGAUGUGGACGUUGGGAUAUUAA